AUGUCACCAAACACCUGGAAUCGCCUCAUCCGCUUUGUCGAUGAUGACGGAAACGAGACCUUUGGAGAUCCGGAAAUUCAGAACGACAAGGAUUUUGCCGAGCGUCUGGCCAAUAACGACCUAUGGGCUAUUGAGUACAAGGGGCAAAGUCCUGUGUCACAACUCGUCAAGGGUGAGAGAAUUCACGUCAAGGCUGUCCGAGAGCUACUUCGAUUGUCCGAUGUGCCUAUCAUCCGAUGUAUCGGACUGAACUAUAUCAAGCAUAUUAAGGAGGGCGGUCGAACACCACCACCUUAUCCAUCCUUGUUCAUCAAACCUUCAACCUCAAUUGCUGGUUUUGAUGAAGAUGUCCCUAUUCCUAAAAUUGCCCAGGACGGCACAAUAGAUUACGAGGGAGAGCUUGGCAUCAUCAUCGGCAAGUCCGGCAAGAACAUUUCCAAAGAGGACGCUCUAUCAUAUGUAGCGGGCUACGUCGUAUCCAAUGACGUGUCGGCACGAGCAUGGCAGCGAGACCCCAAGAAAGCAGGCGGCGUUCCCCAGUGGUGCUUCAGCAAGGGCUUCGACAAGUUUGCCCCUAUUGGACCUCUUCUCGUGUCUCCGGCUGUCGUCGGUAACGCUUCGAAACUACAUUUGACCACGACCGUCAACGGCGAGGUGAGACAGAGCGAAGGCACGAAUGACCUGUUAUUCGGUGUGGAGGAAAUCGUCAGUUUUAUCAGUUCAGGAACUACGCUUGAGGCUGGCACUGUCAUUCUUACUGGUACGCCUUGCGGUGUAGCUAUGGGUAUGAAGGAGCCAAAGUACCUGAAUGAUGGUGAUGUGGUUGAGGUUAGCAUCACCGAGUUGGGUAGUGUGAGAAACAAAAUGGUUUUUGAGUAA